AUCCAAGUGUUAAUUUCCUUUUGACCAACCAGCACACACAAUCACACACACACACACAUAUAAUUUUAUUUUAUUUUUUUACACAAUGGAAAGGGCCUCACACUUUUCAGUUGACUUUACAACUCAGGCCUCAACCUAGAGUAGUUCUCUGAAUAUAUUAAAGGAAGUCCAAGGGUGUUACUUAAGUAUGCAAGUCAUCAUAUGGUUAGAAGAGCUGUAAAAGGAUAAAACUUCAAUGGCUUCUGAGUGUCAAAGAGCUGCUUUACAUUAAAGAGACCUACAGUAGAGAUAAUUCCCAGAACAUGAGACUCUAUCUCGCAGUCUUUGCGCUCUUGGCAGCAGUUCACUGCGAGGAGCUCUUUAAUGGUACAGACCAGGUUCUCAGAAUUAAUGCAGAAUCUAAAAACCACAUUCAGAUUUUGAAAAAGCUGGAAAGGGACGUGGAUUCUGGGCUGGAUUUCUGGACUCAUGCCGUCUCUACUGAGCAGCCUGUUGACAUCCGUGUGCCUCACUCCAGACUGUAUGCUCUCAAGGACUUCCUCAAGAAAAACAACAUCCCUUUCACUGUCAUAAUCAACAAUGUGCAAGAACUUUUGGUCAGAGAGAGAGAAGAAAUGGUUCGCAAUGCAGAAGUGGAACGCCAGACAAAGAGCUUCAACUUUGCUGCUUAUCAUGACCUGGAGACUAUUUACAAGUUUAUGGACACCCUUGUUGCAAGUCACUCUAACUUGAUCUCUAAAGUGAAUAUUGGCAGCACUUUUGAGGACCGUCCUAUGUAUGUCUUGAAGUUCAGCACUGGUGGAGAGAAAAGACCUGCGAUCUGGAUUGAUGCUGGAAUGCAUGCGAGGGAGUGGAUUUCUCACGCUACUGCAGUGUGGCUCGCUGACAGAAUUGCCACAGACUUUAAGAAAAACCGUGCCCCUGUGCCCAGUAUUCUCAGUAAAAUGGAUAUUUACUUGCUGAUUGUGGCCAAUCCUGAUGGAUAUGUCUUCACCCACCUCUCUUUCAGUCCCAUUAACCGUUUCUGGCGUAAGAAUCGGUCUGCGACUUCUAGCCGCAAAUGCAACGGUGUAGACCUCAACAGAAACUGGGAUGCUGAAUUUGGUGGUCCUGGAGCAAGCGAUGACCCCUGCGCUGAAUACUACCGUGGUCCUUUUGCGCAAUCUGAGUUUGAAGUGAAAAACAUUGCAAAAUUCAUCACGAGCCACAGCAACUUCAAAUCCUUCAUGACCCUUCACUCUUACAUGCAGCUCUUAAUGUAUCCGUAUGGCUACAUCGGCAUAGAUGCUCUUGACUGGCCGGAACUGCAUGAUGUGGCCACAAAGGCAAAAAUAGCCCUCUAUUCCUUGCAUGGCACCGUUUAUAAAGUUGGAAGCAUCUUCCACAAGAUUGAUCAAGCUAAUGGUGCAAGUCUUGACUGGGCUUAUCUACGUGGCAUCAAAUACUCUUUUGCUUUUGAUUUGCGUGACACUGGUGAAUAUGGAUUCCUCCUGCCUGCCGACCAGAUCGUCCCCACUGCAAAGGAGACGUGGUUUGCUCUCAAAUACCUUAUGAAAUAUGUUUGUGAUCACCCUUACUGAGAGAAAUGUACUAAUACAUCAGAAGAGGUCCCACAGGAUAUAUGAUAUGAAACGUGUGUCGUUUCAGAUAUGACGCUUCAGUGUUUUCCAAAUAACUCCGUUUUGAUAGAGUUCUGUUACAUCCCAAAUCCCAUCUAUUUUUGUUGCAAUUUUCUCAUGUCCAUUUUGUGAUUGUCAGUGUUCAUGUUUAUAAAAUAACUCUUAUGGCAGUUUAUGUAUUUGUUUAAAAUAAUAAUAAUAAUAAUUUUGGGUCAAAUAUUUAGCAAUUUGUCUUGUGCAACUUGAACAAACUUGUUUUAAGCACAGUUUAAACACAAAAUAAAAUAUCCCUGAUUUAUAUGUGAUGUCUAAAUCUAUAAAAGACUAACAAACAAUAUGCCCAGUAGGUUGAUGCACCGAACGAUGCAAGAAAAAAGGGGUAAAAAAAAUCAUUUCAAAUUUCCAUUUUUUCCUUUAAAGGAUAGCAGUAAGCAACUGAAUUAUAACUAGCAUUGUUUGAAAAUGCUAAAGAAAAAUGUAUUCACACAUAAAAAUAAAAAAACACAUACUUUUAAGACAGAAGCAUUUUUUGACAUUCUUUGAGGUUUUUUAUGUCUUGAAACCUUCAUUAAUUCAUGAUGUGUUGUUUUUCCCAUACUCUCUAAUUCUAAAUCCAGUUGAGCAGUUCUUCUCCUCCUGAUUUUUGACAACAAUCACACGGACAUUUUGAUACCACAACUAUUUUGAUAAUAAAAUCUAGUGUAUGCUGUACAUUAUUCUGCAACAAAUUGAAGGUUCAAAGCCUGAGCAUGUGUGGUUCUUGCAGUACUUUAAGACACAAUGAUUUGUGUUUUGCAAAUCCAGCAACUUUUUUUGUGUUUUUAACCACUCAUGAAAUGACCGGUGCUGGGUAAAGUUACUUUUAAAAGUAAUGCAUUACAAUAUUGAGUUAUUCCCUAAAAA